AUGGGUUUUCCAAGAAACCCUUUCAUUACACCCGUUCCAUCAGUUGGAACCACAGCAACUGAUUCAAGCAUUUCAGAGUACACAAAUUGUUCUUAUUCUCAAAAUAACCAGAAGAUGUCUGAUAAUAUUGUUUGUGAAAAUGGGCAUGCAACAUGCAACGCAUGCUCGGAGAAGACUCAAAAGUGCCAUUCUUGCAUCCUGCCUAUCAGAAGAAUGAGGAACCGGAUUCUGGAAGAUGUUGCUGACUCUUUGAGAGUUUGUUGCUCGUUCAAGAAUUAUGGAUGCCCAGCAACUGUUAGGUACCCCGAUAAGAUCAACCACGAAAAGUUCUGUUCUUUUAUAGAGUGCUUAUGCCCCAUUGAAAUUUGCAAUGUCAAGGGAACCUCUGAAAUGAUUUAUGCUCACUGUAAAGUGAUGCAUAAAGAUUUUGUGAAGCCGUUUGUUUUUUGUCGUAAAUUCCCUGUUUCUGUCCGGCUGAAUGAUAAUUUCUUUAUUCUCCAAGAGGAAAACACAGACAUUGUGUUUGUUCUGAACAACACAACGUGUUCUUAUGGGAAUAUUCUUACAAUGUGUUGUCUUGGACCGUUAGCAGCUGGAUGCUGCCCCUAUGAAAUUGAAGUGAACGCCAACUCAAGUCACAAGUUUCACAGUGCUACCCAGAACAUUCAAGGCACCGGCAAUUACUAUCGUUCUUUUUCAGGGUUCCUUCUUGAUAGUGACCACAAAUUUUUUGCUGACGGUAUGAUCAAGAUGGAGUUUUGUGUUUAUCGUGCACCGGAGCUUGCUUAA